UACAAUGGAGAAACAUCAGCUUAUGAGGACAUUUAUAUCAACUGCAUUGGAUUACACUAAACAUCCAAGUGAAACAACCGCCUCGAUGUUACAACGAAAUCUUGGUGUAAUAAGCGUAUCAUUGGAUUUAAGUAUAUUUGACCCUGGAACCAGCAUAGCAGCAGAAUUCUAUGUUAGUUUGCAUGAACUUAUGAAUUCUUUGGCAUCAAGGACCACUUUGAUUUGGAGUGCGGUCGAUGUUUUACAAAAUGCUUGUCGAAAUACUGCUGCAAGACAAGCUCUCAUUCACAUUUACAAAUUUGCACCUAUAUUGGCCAGAUUAUUGGAGGCUAAUUUAACAAGCGAGAAAAGAAUACAGGUAUUAAAGUUACUUCAAGAAUUAACAUACGGCAUAAGAAUUUCUUGGCAAGAAACCCAUUUACCUUAUUUAAUAUCAAUAUUAACACAGUGGGUUACACAGUCUAAAGAAGAAGACAUUAUUGCACUUUCAUUAGGUGUAUUAGUAAAUCUUUGUUACAAAAAUCUUCCAGCAGUGUAUACCUUGAUGAGGACAAUAAAUACAAAGACAUUUAUGCGAACAUUGUUAAAAUUGCAACAUUGCAAUGUUAACAUCAGUGUACAGUGUUGUAAACUUUUAAUUAUACUAGAGCAUUCGAAUACAAACAUUUCAGAGAAAUACAUCUUGGAUUUUGCUGCUGUUACAUUCAGUACUCUCAUUACUGCAAUGAAACAAAAGGACGUUUUGCUACUGAGACACGUCAUAGAUUUCUUUAAUGAUGUUUCACAAAAUGAACAUUCUCACUGUGUGUUACUUACAUAUGUAUCUUAUGGCAAAGAUGUGGAAGAUGUAUUGGUUACAUUAAAAGACAAUGCGGAUCCAGAAUGCGUCGCUCUUGUAAUGGAAUUUUUAUCAUCAUUAGUAAAAUUAAAAUUACAUAGUUUAGUACCCUUGUAUCCUUUAUGCGUGAAAACAGCUAUGACAUGGGUUCCUGUGGAACAGGUGUGUUCUAAAGCAUUAACGUUGAUCAGAGUAGCUGUAAUUGAUGCACGACGUACCAAAACAUCUGCCGAAGUUUUGGCAGAAUUGGAUGCUUCCGUUUUGAUGCUAAUUAUAAAUUUAAAAAACAACGACAUUCAAGGGACACAGGAAUUGAGUUUGGAAACAGAAACGAGACUAGCAGAAUUAAUGCAAUUAUUCCAGGAAAUGGUUAAAACUGCCCCGCUUAGAGCAAAAGUCAUGCAGUCCUUGAAUGAAAAUAUGAUACGUAAAUUAUUAAGCCCAAUGUUGGAUUCUGAAACAUGUACUGCUGGUGAUUUUCCAGAAAAUUUUAUUCAAAAUCCUACUACAAAUCUAUGCAUCCACGUAUUAGCUUUGACUGCUGACCUGGCAGCUCAUAAUUCAAAUUGGUUAACGUUAUAUUCUGAACUGCGUCGAAAAAAACAGAUUCAAAUGACAAUGGCACAUGCGCUAUUCACUGGCGAUGGAGAUGUUAAACAAAAAGUUUUACAAUUGGCGUCGACUGUAGGAUUUCCUCAGGAAUGUGUUUGCGCGGUGGCAGAAUGUAUGAAGCAAUUGGAACCUCUGAUAUUGGUACAGAGUACUCCUGGUGCGGUAACAAAUUUUGGAAGCAAGAUGUCCAUCACUUCAAAUAGCGAUAUGGCGCCACUUUUCUCUUUCGCGCAAGAAGAACGGCUCGACGCGUUUUUAACAAAAUUGGAAGUAGCUUACGAGACAAAUCAACUAGGUGAUAUUACCACGUCUGCAGUAAUGGAAUUGUAUGAAUACAAGCUAGCAGCGAUGAGACACGCUGAAAGGGCUAUGCAAUCCAGUUUAGAGGCAGCAAACAAUCAUGGAACUAGUUUACAACACAGACUUGCACAAGUAGUAGCCGAAUCGACUCGAUUGCAUCAAAUGCUGUUCGACACACAACAAUGUUUGGAAGGAGUGAAAUCUAUGUUAGCAGCCAAGUUCGCUGAAGCAGAGGAACAGAGUAAAAAAGCAGUCGCUAUUAAGAAACAGGAGAUCGACGCAUUGAGAAAAAUAGUGACAGAAAAGUGUGCCAGUAUUGAUCAUUUAAACAUAGUACUUUCACAAUAUAAGCACGAACUAGAAACCAGUAUUAAUAGGAUCGAUGAAUUAAAUAAAAAAAUAAAAGAGUUGGAAGUUGAAUGUAAAAAUGCGGAUGCAAGGACUAGAGAAAUGGCUAAUAGGAAUGACGAGUUGAACAAAAUCCUCCAUACAAUGCAAGAAGAACUUAAUAAAAGGGAUCAGGUAAUAGAAUCGAAAAACGCGGAAAUUCAAUCCAAUCAAAAAAACAUUUCUGCACUUCAACAAAAGACUCAACAAUUAUCACAAUUAGUGCAUACAUAUGAAGAGAGUAUUGCAGAAAAAGAGGAGAGUCUUAAGAAAAUGAGAGAAGAACUGACGAAUCUAAGCCGCAUGCGGGACAUGAUUUUUGAGAUCACUGCCAAGAAAAAGGAGGAUUUAAACAAAAGCUAACAUAUUACAUCUUUACU